AUGGAACCCACCACCAAAAAUCAGAAUCUUGCUGAUCUGGUCAAUUAUCCUUCUGAUCUUUCGAAUGACGAAGAUAGCACGACAGAUGAUAGUAGUGAAGGCAACGAUACACAUACAGAAAAAUCUGCAAGUCCAGGUUGCCGCCAGCCAGCAGUUCCACUUCACAAGCGGCAGAAGCUUGAUAUCCCAUAUCAUCAACUGGAAGACUUGGAGAGCGCAUUCAAGGAUUUGGAGAAGUUGCUGAAAGCAAAAAAGACAAAGGCUUGCCGUGCACGCACAAUGGAAAGCCACCUUAGGCUUGUUGUCAAGAAUGCUCAGCAGUUCACGAAGACACAUGGUUUUGCAGCAGCCUGGGGUGGCCGUCAGACAAGAGAAUUACUGAGAUUAAUGCAAGGGCGUCACACAAAAGUCUACAGCUUACUUAGCGACCCAACUAUUGCUGCUGAACUCAGGGCAUACAUUCGUUCAAACAAAUGGGCCAUGAACUCAGAGAAACUCGCCCAGUUUUCACAAAAUAAACUCAUUCCAUCCGCUGCCAAUGAGUAUCUGCACCAAAUAACACGUGAAGAAAUGCCACUUGGACUCAAACAAUAUAUGGAACUCGAGCUGUUCCUGUGCAUUCAUGUCAAAGUUGGCCGUGGUGUUUCAUUGAACACUGCUCGUCGCUGGUUAUGGUGUGAAGCAAAUAAUUCGAGUAGCAAGAGCUGGGUUUUUGGUGAUGAACAUUGUCUACGAAAGAAGGGUGUUGGUUGUGGUGUCCAUAAGAGUGAUGUAAUCUGCUCAACUACUGGUUGGCUGAAGGAAGCAAGUCAGACUCUCGAAUAUGGGAAAAAUUAUGAAGGGUAUUGGACAGGAGAGCACUUCGUGAAGCAGGUAUACUUAAUCAUAUGUGCAAUGUUACAGUUGACCGAAAAAAUAAUUCCAGCCUUUGAAAGGGUGCAUGGUGCAGGCCAUCAAGCAUUAUUCCUGAUCGAUAACUCACAAGGCCACUCAGCAUAUUCAGAAGAUGCACUGCUCACCUCAUGCAUGAAUGUGAAACCAGGUGGCAAACAGUCCUGUAUGUGCAGUGGAUGGUACUGGAAUGGACAGGAAAAAGUUGUUCAAUCAAUGAUUUUUCUCGACGGACAUCCCAAAUACCCAAAUCAGCUGAAAGGAAUUAAAGUGCUCAAUUUCAUUGAGUUCUUUUGGGGUAUGGUGAAAAAAUACCUUCGUGACAAUUGCGACUAUACUUUUGACACACUGAAGGAGAACAUGCCAAAAGCAUUAGCCUCAGUUCCUCUUCAAACAAUUCAUAGGUGGGAACACCAGAUGUACUGCUGGAUGGAGGCUUACCAGUCAGGACUGGGUACCAAAGAUGCCCAAAUACAAGUCCGUAAAUUCAGUUCCACAACAUAUAAAUCACAUAGACGCAUUCCAGAUGCUGUUGCGAGUGCAUUUGACUAA